GGGAAUUUAGCGAAUAGUCCACCCUUGAAAUCGCUCAGAGACGAGGAAACAAGCCACACCAAUGAGGCUUCUUCAAUAUUCAAUCCUGGCUGGUCUUCUGAUCUGUGUAAUAACCUACGAUGCGUACCAGGGAAAUGACGAGGGUCCUGGUGUGCGCAAAAGGCCUACACAAGCACGUGUACCAAGCGGGAGGCCUGCAGCGAGAAGGCCUGCUGUGGAUAAGAAUCGAGGAGGACAAGACAGACGACGCCAAAGAUGCAGAUUGAAAAUAGUUCAAACGAACUGCACAGUUACAAUUUUUCUUCAGAGGUGGACCUAUAAUGAAGAGAGCAAUACCUGCGACUCCAUCAAUUUUCCUACCUGUUGGGAAAAAAGGGGAGUUUUUUUGACAUGCACGGCCUGUAUGAACACGUGCAUAAAAAACCAUAAAGAUGGCCCAGAAAAGAGCAAAUGGAUACAACAACACUGCCACAAAAGUAUGACUAAACAUCUCAAAAAACAUAGCUUGAACUGACAUCUGCUGUCCCUUGUAUAUUGCAAACAGAGAUUGUACAAAUAAAGCAUUGCGAGAAUU